UCAUUAUUUACUAUCGUUAUUGACCAGCAACAUCACAUUAUUUCCAUUGUCUGCUUGCGAAAAUUACCGACUUAAAUAGACACAAUUCUCGUGCAUCUAUUUCAUUAUCAUCUCAAGAAAACACAAAAUAACGCAUUAAGUUAAAUUACUAAGCAGAAUUGCUCGCGAACUGACUAUCGACAUUGUUAUUAGUUGAAUAGAUUGCCAGUUCAAAAGUAGCCUUCAACUUGAACUGUACAGUUCCUUGAGAAUUUGAAAACUGACGGCUUUUCAUGGACAAUCUUUAAGGACAAAUAUUCGUUGUGUAUGUAAAAGUUAUGAUAAAUCAUACUUAGUGGUAAUAAAAAAAAUUGUAAGUGAUAAAAGUGAAUCUAAUAAACUAUUAAUUAUUGAUAAAAAGUAAAAACAGGAAAUAAAAGUGAAAGUAAAGUUUGAUUCGAUUCUACGUGAAAAACUAAAUAUGGAUCAGAGUGAACCAAGCAAAUUACUAAAUGGAAAAGAAUCGAAUUUUGUUGAUGCAAAUACCACCAAUGAUAUUUUGUCAAUUGCAUUAAGAGCCUUGCGAUUGGACAAAAUCCCAGUGAAAUCCACCCCUGGCGAAAAAUACAAUGGUUUGGCGGAAAUUUCCUUAGAAGAAGUAGCAGAACAUGACAAUAUUGAAGAUUGCUGGGUAGUGAUCUAUGAUCGGGUUUAUGAUGUAACGAAGUUUUUAGAUUCACAUCCAGGUGGUUGGGACGUAAUGAUCGAUUACGCAGGCAUGGAUUGUACGAUAGCUUUCCGAGGAACUGGACAUUCAAAGGAGGCAAUAGACAUGCUUGAUAAAUAUCUUAUUGGGAAAUUACCGCAACAUCAACAGAUAUUUCGAUUGGAAAUUGGUGGAUUCCACCUGGCAGACAUGCCUGAAUAAAAGCUUCACAGCUGAAAUCUCAGACUGAUAAAGAUUUAGAACUCAUACUAAA